AUGUCAAACGAAACAGACUUGUGUAUAUCGGUGCCUCGGUCGUGCUUAACCGAAUUUUAUAGUAAAUAUCUCCAUUUGGUGGAAACUUUUUACUAUGUUACGCUUUCUGAAAAGAAAUCCGAUGUCGCGAGUGAGCAGUCGGAAUAUGUGUAUUUCAAAGUAACUUUUAAUUUAAAUCCAGUUGAGAGCAAUUUAAUACCAAGGGAACUUGUGGAUAGAAUUCAGAAAUAUGUGGAGUCAUCAUUGGGUUGGACGGGUGAACGUGGUGAAGAUUCGAGCUAUGACUCCGAGUGUGAUGAUGAUGCCAGUCAUCGGACUGCAUCCCGCACACCUUCAGACACACUGGCAGCUGAGUUUGCGGAGUACGUCACACUUGCGCAACCACAACCCAAUCAGGCGAAAAUCGAGUUUGCCGUGAAACUGGGUUACUCGGAGCGGUUGGCUCGUACCGCGCUGCAACGGCUCGGUUCAGAUCCGCCUAGGAACGAACUGUUGGCGGAGCUCAUCAAGCUGGCUGCUAAGAGACCUCCGGGGACCUCCUCCCCCCCACCACCGACAGCCUCCCCUCCACCAGCCACGGAUGACCUCCCCGACAGACCUCUUAGACACAUCGUUAUUGAUGGAAGCAAUGUUGCCAUGAGCCAUGGCAACAAGGAAGUGUUCUCGUGCCGCGGCAUCGAGAUCUGCGUGGACUGGUUCAGAGCGAGGGGUCACAAGGAUAUAACAGUGUUUGUACCGAAAUGGAGGAAAGAAGCUUCGAGACCGGACAACCCGGUCGCUGAUAGAGACGCUCUCGAUAGAUUAGAACGGAACAGAGUGCUGGUGUACACGCCCAGUAGACUGUUGGGAGGGAAACGUCUCAUCUGCUACGACGAUAGAUACAUACUGCGACUAGCGGCUGAAACGGACGGCAUCGUCGUGUCGAACGAUAAUUACAGAGAUCUAGCGGCCGAGAGCCCUGAAUUCAGAAAAGUUGUGGAAGAACGACUGCUCAUGUUCUCCUUCGUCAACGACAGAUUCAUGCCACCGGACGAUCCUCUCGGAAGAUCAGGACCUACUUUGGAAACCUUCCUCCGAGCACCUCCGUCGCGAAACGACGUACGUUCAUAUGGUCCGUACGGCCCACCACCUGCCUGUCCGUACGGUAGGAAAUGCACGUACGGCAACAAAUGCAAAUUCCAUCAUCCCGAACGAGCCGGACGACCUCAUAAAUCCGUAGCGGAGAAAUUAUCCGAACGUGCCGCUAGGAAGGCGAAAGAUUUGCAUACUCUCAGUCUUCCACCAGGAGGUCGGCCAACGGACAGUAAACGACCUUUAGCCAGAGCCCAUUCGGCCACACCGCGAUUGGCUGACGCUUCGCUGAUAUCGAAUUUCGACCGAGCCCAAAUACCAGGACCCUCGCAGGCAGAGCAUAACCCGCACCGCAAACUCGCCAGACAGCUGACACUCAAUCCGGCGUGUGACCCGCGACUCCACGCUACAGCGGCUAGAGUAUCUUCCGCCCCUGUAGGCGCGGCCGGGGCAGUGCCUACAUACAACAACAUUUCCCUGUCUCCGUGUGCGUCCGAGGGCGCCUUACAGAAUUGGGAGGCGCGACGUAGAAUGCAUUUCCAUUUGGCAGGUGUGUUCCCAGAAGCUCAAGUCGCUGAAGCAAUGGCCUCAUAUCCAGAUGAAACAGACGCUAAGAAGAUGUGCGCCAUCAUUUUAGAUCGAUACCGUCCGAGCGAAUCGCUACCACCACGACCUACUCACUGA